AUGGGUCGCCGUGGCGGGGUGGCGGGCCGGGGCGCAGAUGCAAAGAUCCGCAUUUACGAUGUGGGCGUGAAGAAGCGGGGCGUCGACGAGUUCUUCUUCUGCAUCCACCUCGUCAGGUGCGACCGCCUCGUCAGGUGCGACCGCCCGUCAGGUGCGACCGCCCGUCAGCUUGCUUUCUGUUCAUUCGCUCUCCCUCCGCUCCCCGCCGCCCCCUGUACGCUCCCUUUUCUCCCCUCUUCGCCCUCCGGUCCUCCCGCCGUCCCGCGGUGCAGCUGGGAGAAGGAGAAGGUGUCAAGCGAGGCAUUGGAGGCGGCGCGGAUAGCGUGCAACAAGUACAUGAGCAAGUACGGGGGCAAGGACGCCAUCCGCGUGCACGCCUUCCACGUCCUCCGCAUCAACAAAAUGCUCUCCUGCGCCGGCGCCGAUAGGGGCGUUCGGGUCGGGAAGUCACAGAGCGUGUGUGCGCGCGUGGCCAUCGGGCAGGUGCUGCUGUCGGUGCGCUGCAAGGAGGCCAACGCCGCUGUCGCCGUCGAGGCUCUGCGCCGCGCCAAGUUCAAGUUUCCCGGGCGGCAGAAGGUCAUUGCCAGCCACAAGUGGCAGGGGCUCUUUACGAAGAUUACACGCGCUGACUUUGUGAAGUGGAAGCAGGAGAUCAGGCUGGUGCACGAUGGAGUCAACGCCAAGCCUCACAUUCUCUCCCUUCUCCUCACUGUUGCCUGUCCCAUUCGCCCUCCUACCAUGUUCCAGCUGCUGGGUAACCACAGCCCUCUUGCUAACAGGAAGCCAGGCCAGGCCUUUCUUACCCCCCCAGAGAAGCAUGAUGUUUAA